CAUGCGGCAGCGAUUGAAAUCUCUGCCUCGUCUUCUUCUUCUUCCGAUACCCACUCUUGGGUGCUAACAAAAAGGCUAGGCAUUUUAGAAAGGCAAUGUAGUUGAAUAAUCUUCUUGAACAGGGCACAGCCGAAGAACUUUCUUGAGAAAUCCGAAUCCGAAAUUAUACUUUUUCUUACAGCUAGAGUAGAUUUUCCUCUAUUUUAGUAUUUAUUGAAUUUAUUUAUUCCGAACGCUGCAAAACCAUGAUGAGUGCUAUUGAAACAGACCAGCAACAGUUGGGUACUAUAGAAGACACAGAGGCGCUGGUGCCCUUGACUCUGGAUGUGGACGAUGAACCACCUGGGCCUGGGCCGCCGGAUGGAUCCACAAAGUCCGAGUGGCAAGAUACUCAUCCCAAGGCUUCCAGAAGGCCUUCGUGGCUGCGAGCGUCUCAUUCACAGAUGGGAAUCGUCAAGGAGAUAGCUAAGCUAGCCGUCCCUGUGGGACUUAGCCUACUGGUGUCGAACAUGCUGAACUUCCAGACGGUCUUGUUCUGCGGCCAUGCACCGUCGGCCAAUAACAGUGCCAACGAGACCAGGGAACUGCUGGAUGCGGCUGCGCUUUCAACAUCUUUUGCCAAUGUCACUGGCAUGGCUGUGUUGAUUGGUGCGGCCACGGCAUGCGACACCCUGUUUGCACAGGCCUAUGGCGGACGGAACAAGAAAGCUCUCGGUAUCAUUGUCCAGCAAAGUAUGCUAAUACUGUCACUCGUGUGUGUCGGCAUAGCUGGUCUAUGGCUGAACUCAGAAGCAAUAUUGUUGGCUAUUGGGCAGGAUCCUGGUGUUGCUAGACUGUCAGGUGAAUACAUGGACAUCAUGAUCGUUGGCUUACCUGGCACUCUGGGAAUGAUCUUGGCAGCGCGAUAUCUACAGAGUCAGUCGAUAACAUUGCCAGCCAUUGUAGUGGGCAUUAUAAGCAAUGUUGUUCUCGGUGUGGUCGACUACAUUUUGGUGUUCCGCUUAGGCAUGGGUCUGCGAGGUGCAGCUAUCGGUUUUGUCCUUGGCAUGUCGACGCAGCCAAUUGCCACCAUUGUCUACAUCCGCUGGAGAAAACUUCACCAUCUAACAUGGCCAGGCUGGUCGUUCAAAUGCUUAGACAACUGGAUGGUCUUCACUCGCUUGGCACUGGCUGGUGGCAUUAUGGUCUGCUUAGAGUGGUGGGCCUUUGAGAUAUUGCUUUUCGUGGCAGGUACUAUGGGUGUUGUCCCUCUGGCGGUGACAGGUAUUGUCUUCCGCUUAACCACCUUCCUGUUUAUGGUUGCCAUUGGCUUGAUGAUUGCUGUCAACAUUUUGGUCGGUAAUGCACUCGGGGCUGGCGACUGGAAGAAGGCAAAGUCAUGUUUCCGUGUUGCACUGGUCAUGAAUGGGACCAGUGGUAUCAUCAUGUGUGGGCUCUUCCUCAGCUUGCGCAACGAGCUUGGCAAGAUCUUCACUGACGAUCCAGAGGUUAUACAUGGUGUAGCUGAGGUGGUUCCAUACCUGGCAUCGCUAGAGCUCGCUGACUACAUCCAGUGUGCCUGUGCCGGUGUGAUUCGAGGUGCUGGCCGCCAGUCGGUUGGCGCUGUCAGUAACAUCUUUGCCUACUACGCCAUUGCUCUCCCCGUUGGCGUGCCGCUGGCUCUCAGAACCACGAUGGGCGUGCGAGGGCUUUGGCUGGGCAUGGGCAUCGGUCUUGUUUUUCAGGCUACCAUGUACCUGAUCAUCAUAUCGCGUAUCGACUGGGAGAAAGAAUCAAUUGCUGCCCAGCAGAGAGUGAAGGACGCAGCUGGAGACAAAGUAGACGACGACGACUCUAACGAAGUUGCAACGGAUAGCUCCAGUCCAGUGGAGCUUGUUGCUGUCAUGGCAACUGGCGAGAACGGCGAUGUGCAGUGCCGCAUCGCAAAGAAGAGCGACGCCACCAAUGGAGAUGUCAUGGGUGAACAUGGUCGGGAGAUGAGCGAGUCGCCGUCGGACGAUGCGCCGUCGGACAUGGACUCCUUGCUGCCCGGGCAGGAGGGUGUCGCGCGGCAGGACAGCUACACGGAUGUCCUGUUCAGCGCCCAGCUCACGCCGGAAAGGAAGCGGCGGCUGAUCAUCCGCCGCCUGCUUGUGUCCAUGGUACCGGUCGCUGUUCUCUUUGUAUGCGCCAUGAUCAGACUGACACAUCAUAUACAUCGACCGGAUGUGGAGGAUGGCGGCGAAAUCGACCACGCAUUCGACCUCAAUAUUACUGCCAACGCCACCACUGUACUUCCAUCAACAGCUGCUGCACACUCUGUAGUGAGUUCAAUGUCUUAGGUAAUCGUCAGGUGUAAGUUAUGCCGUUGUCCCGUCAUUUACUAUCACGUGUUGGUAGCCUAGCCCCCGAGCAGCAUCUGUCAAGGAUUUACGCUUACGAAUCAAUCCACAUUCCUGUUUUCACAGGCACAAUGACACAAAACUUUUUUUAGUAUUAUUUACGUUGGCCUACCAUCCCGAUUAUUUAAAAAAAUCCAGACCCAUCUUAUUAUUUUAUUUGAAAAGCCCUUAUUACAGCUCAUGGUCCGUACCGAAAGGAUUCUCUACAUAUAGAGAGACUUAUUAUUUCUAAAAAAUGGGUUGUGAGCAACACUGGCUCACAACCCAUUUUUUACUUAUGAAGCUGCGUGAUGCGUCCUACAAGAUUUUAUUAUUUCUAUUUUACUUUUAGUAUCAGCCAAGCAUUCUGGAAGUGCUAGCCUUCAAGCUGAACUAACUUAACCUUGCCUUGCGGUGCGAUGCAAAAUCACAAAGUGUGCAUGCGCACGACCCUUCUUUCUAUCAACGAAAUCAAGAGUAUACUCUUGACGAGAAA